AAAUAUUCCGGUUAGCAAUUGCGAUGCCUCAUUCUGCGAUGAUGGUCGGUAGUGGCAACAAGACUAAGACCUGCGAAACGACGGUAACUGAUAAACAUUUGUCGCUAGACGUGAUGGAGCCUCCAAGUAAAGAGGUACGAGAGAAAGUACGGAGUGUGUUUGGUCUGAAUGACAAAAUAAUCAAAGAGUCUAUUCAACAGCUGAAGGAGUGGCUGGAACUUCAGCCUCACCUGCCUAAAGAAAUUGAUGAUGCAAGACUCGAGCGCUGGCUAAUCAGAUGCAAGAACAGUAUGGAGAAGGUGAAAAAAUCGUUGGACCUGUACUACACAGUGAGGACAACCGUACCUGAGAUAAUGACAGGCUGGGAUACAAACGCAGAUUGGUUCAAAUCUGCAAAGAAGGUUUGCUACUCUGCCCCCAUGCCUCAACUGACACCAGACUGUGACCGGGUCAUUUUAUUCGGACUGCUAACGAGUAAUACCAAAGACUUUGAUCCCCUGGACUUCUGUAAACUACACCAAAUGGGGCUGGAGAUUAGAAUAAGCGAGGAUUAUUGUAUGUCGGAAAUCUUUAUAGUGGAUCUUUUGAACUACACUCUGGCACAUGUCACAAAAAUUACCAUUCCGUUGAUCAAGAAAUUUGAAUUAUGUGGAAUUGGUGGAUGCAAUGUUCGCGUUAAGGCAAUACACAUUUUGAAUGCACCGCCAUUUGCCGACACUCUAAUUGCAAUGUUGAAAGUUGCACUUAGAGCCAAAAUUGUAAGCCGAAUACAAAUCCAUGGCAACAAUCUGACAACUCUUCAUGAGCAGGUGCCAAAGAGCUGUCUUCCUACGGAAUUCGGCGGUGAAGCUGGCUCCAUAGCAGAAAACUGGGGUCGCUGGACAAAAAAGAUGGAAAGUUACAACGACAUGCUUUUGGAGCGUGAGAAACAUAACUCCGAUGAAUCUAAGAGACCUGGCGAAUCUCCCAGAAGCAGCGACCUGUUAGGAUUUGAAGGAUCGUUUAGGAAACUUGAUGUGGAUUUGUGCGACAUGGCUCUGCCACCACUUGACGAGAGAACAAAGCAGGCGGUCUUGGCAGAAAUUGGCCUGAACAAGGAUAGCCUCAAGGAAGCAGUGAGAGUUCUGAAAGAAUGGCUGGAACAGCAGCCCCAUCUGCCAAGCGAAUGUGAAGAUUACAGGCUGGAACAUUGGAUAAUUGGCUGCAAGAACAGUUUGGAGCAUACGAAGGCCUGUCUGGACAUGUACUACUCGUUCAAGAACAUCAUGCCCGACAUGCUUACAGAGAGAGACCCUGCUGGAGACUGGUUCGAGAACAUCACUAGUACUGUGUUUGUAGUUCCUCUGCCGAGUCUCACGCAAGAAUACAGUCGGGUGACCAUAGUUGGACCGGUACAUCAGGAUCCCUCCAAGUUUAACAUGGCGGACUUCUGUAAGCUGGGGCUCCUAUUCCAUGACGUAAGGAGGUGCGAAGACGUCUGUCUAUCUUCUGUAUACAUCGCGGACUUAACAAACUUCAGUACGGGAUUCUUGGCAAAGUUUACAAUUCCUAUGGCAAAGAAGGCUAUGGAGUAUCACAAGAAAAGUUUUAGGGAACAAAUCACCUCAAUUCACAUCAUCGGCAGUCCAAAAUACAUGGAAUUUAUUAUGGGAAUUGCAAAGGUUAUAUUUAGCCCUAAAUUAUUCGGUCGGAUUCACAUCCAUUCUAAAGGCAAUGAAACACUGUACGAAUAUGUUCCAAAGAAAAUCCUUCCUAAUGAAUACGGCGGUGACGCAGGACCAUUUGCUGAAAUGCAAUCUUCUUGGAAGAAUCACAUGAAAACCUACAGGCGCUGGUUACUGGAUCAGGACAAAUUCAAGUCCGACGAAUCUAAACGGAUCGGUACAGGAAUCAAUAGUGAAGAGAUAUUUGGGUUUGACGGCUCGUUCAGACAACUCUCUAUUGAUUAGUGCAGUGAUUUAAUAUGCCUACACAUCUGCUCAGAGGUUUCUUACAGAUGUGCAAUUUUAAUUAAAAUGGGUGUACAUUCAGCAGUUCCUUGUUGGUUUCCUUAUUCUGCAAUAUAUUAAGUAAGAUAAAUAAAAGCUGCAAUUGAAGCAAAUAA